CGCACGUAGAGGAACAAAACCUCUGUGUCUCCGACUUCUCAUGCGCUUUCUCUCUCUUUCCCAGUCCUUUGCUCUACUCUCCACCCCCCAUUUUCCAGCAACUAGGGUUUUUGCUCCUCUCUUUCUCUACUAAAAAGGAGCUUUUCAACUGUUAUCCAUUUCCAUUUUUACAGUUGUCAUCACCAGGAAAUUUUCCUUAGUGGGUCAUUCAUUUUCACUUAAAAAAAGAAAAAAAGAUUGAGUCUUUAUUGCUGGGUUUUGUUUAUUCUUGAAGACUGAGCUGAAAGAUUGAUGGCUAAGACUAAACCUGGAAAAAAAGACCUUGAUUCUUACUCUAUCAAGGGCACCAACAAAAUCGUUAGACCUGGUGAUUGUGUGUUGAUGAGACCCUCUGAUUCUGAUAAGCCUCCGUACGUGGCAAGAGUAGAGAAGCUCGAGUCCGAUCACCGGAAUAAUGUGAAGGUCAAAGUUAGAUGGUACUACCGACCGGAGGAGUCUAUUGGUGGUCGCAGACAAUUCCAUGGGGCCAAAGAGCUGUUCUUAUCAGAUCACUUCGAUAUGCAAAGUGCACAUACCAUUGAAGGGAAGUGCAUAGUGCACUCUUUUAAGAACUACACCAAAUUGGAGAAUGUGGGCCCUGAGGAUUACUUUUGUAGGUUCGAGUACAAAGCUGCCACAGGGGGAUUUACUCCUGACCGCGUCGCUGUGUAUUGUAAGUGUGAGAUGCCCUACAACCCUGAUGAUCUGAUGGUACAGUGUGAAGGAUGCAAAGACUGGUUCCAUCCCUCUUGUAUGGGUAUGACCAUUGAAGAAGCAAAGAAAUUAGAGCAUUUCUUGUGUUCUGACU